AUGUCAAUCACAUCCAAUAAUAGAAUGGCUCUAGAACCAAUCAAAGGAUCAAUCUUAAACUCGAACUCAGAAUCUUCUACUUCUAUCAAUGGUGGUGGUAUCAAAAAGAGAAAACUCUCUCCAAGAUCAAGAAUUAGAUUGGUUACCGUCUCUCCUUCCUUAGCUUUAACGCCAGAUAAUAAAGCUUCCAGAUCUUUAUCAUUCACAUCAACAUCAUCAUCAACAUCAACUUCUACUCAUCUUAACUCAAGAAGAUUCCCUACCGCCAGUAAAAUGGCAAGUUUCUCCGACUUUAGAUCAACUUCUUCAACUAAUAAUUCUCCUGGUGUUGUAAGAACUUCAUCCUCAUUAUCAUCAUCUACAACAACAACAACAACAACCAUUUUUAAAAAUGAUACCGCUGGAUUGGCUGCUACAAAACUUAAAUUGAAAUUACAACUUGCAUUAUAUAAACUUCAACAACGUGAUGAAUUGAUUACAAAAAGAAAACAUCCAAAUUUAUCAUCAUCAUCCAUCACUACUAAUUCUACAUCUUCAACUAAUUCAAUCAUUCCACCUGAUUUUUCAAUCUUAUCAUCAACUUCCAUCAAACCUUUAUCACCUCUGUUUGCUAGCUUUGAUAGUCCAUCCCCCACUCCAGUCUCAAGACAAUCAAGUUAUUUACCAACCCCACCCGAAACUUCCUCUUAUCAUCAUUCAUCCAUUAAUGUUAAUUUAAAUAACUUGUCUACCACCAACACUAAUAAUAAAUCAAAUUUAAAUGCAAAACAAAAACAACAACUUACCUUAUCGAACAUAGCAUAUAAGAAACAAUUCAACUCAAACCAUAAGAAGAUUCAAAAAUUAAAAUUGUUUCAAAUUAAAAAGAAUUCAAUCUUUUAUACUAAAUCAAAAUCUUCUCAAUUAGAUAAUAAUCAAAAAUUAUUACCAAAAUUGAAACCAAAUGAUAAUGAUGAUGAAGAUGAUGAUGAACAAGAAAGUGAUCAUUUAAAACCUCACAUUAAAGAUCCUUCUGCUUCAUUUCUUAAAUCAUUUUCUCAAAACUCAUUUAUACUUCCCUUUGCUGCAUCAAUCAUUCCUUCUAUUCAAGUGAGUACUUAUGAUGCUCCAACUGCUACCACUACUACUACCAAUACCAUCCCACCUUCAUCCUCACACGCUACCACUUUGCCUUCUAUAAGUAAAAUUUUAAAGACUCCUUUAAGAAAAGCAAAUUCCACCCGUUACAAUAAUAACUCCACUUCCAAUAAUUUCAUCUAUAAUGAUGAUACGACUAUAGAUGAAGAUAAUGAAACUAUUCUUAAUACUACAAGUAAUACGAUCAUGUCUAAUUCUAAAAAUCCAGCUGAUGGAAGUCUUCUUUCAGCUAAUAAUACUACUGCUAAUACAUCCACUAAUACUUCAAAUAUGAAGUCAUCUAAUAAAAACAUUCUUACUUCUUCCCCAAUUGCUAAUAAUUUUGCAACUCCAAAUAGUUUUAGCGUGGCUAAAUCCUUAUUACAAUUAGGUGGUUAUGUAUAA